GUGAAAAAGUAGGCGCACGAACCAUUCUCGCUUAGCAACUUCAUGAAGUACGUUCUGUUGCCUGCAGUAAUGCAGCUUCUAGUUGCCGUCGGCUGUAUAAAAGAAACGGAUCUCUACAAAUCAGUGAGUUUGAACGAAUUCUGCUCCGGAACAGACAGCGCGAGAGGGGUCUUGCAGAACACAUCGUCUUUUCCGUCGUCUGCGAUUGUGUGGGCCACUCAACAGAGGAUGAGGAGUCUUCAUAAAGGUGUAUGCGGAUAUGAAAUAUCCUCCGCUGGCAACACCGGGUUUAUUGUAACUGCCGAGCAGAUGAACUUGCGGAAGGGAUUAUUCAAUGAGACCUGCAUCGACUACGUCCGUGCAGGAAACGACUAUCCUUCUGUGGGCAAAAAUGGAAUACGGUGCGGUAAGGUUACGGAGGAGGACAACGUGCACUGGACUGCUGGUCGGUUAGUCCGGAUAAGCCUUGUCACUGGGACUCCAGUGUCGGUCUUCAUUGAGGAAAACAUCUUGCGACUCGUUGUCACCAGCUACACGGACGCGAUAGACGGGAAGUGUCCUGACCGUGGAUUUCGCUGCGACAACAACCGCUGCAUCUUCUUCCGCUACACGUGUGACGGAGUCAACAACUGCGGCGACAAUAGCGACGAGUCACAUUUCGGAAGUUCUGCAUGCUUGAUGCCACGCAGUGCUCUACUAUUCAUGGUUAUCGGAACGAUGAACUUCGUUGCUACGUGGUCUUCGGUCAUCUACUGGUGCCUUCACAAGAAGCAUCUCAGGAAGAAGAUUGGUACCGAAGCCCAAUGGGGAUCUAUCAGUACCGCAGUUACUUCGCCGUCUGGUCUUCUUAGUGCCGAAGGGAACGCCGUGUCGUCCCCGGAGAGAGAGGUCUUCUCAACGGAUGCCUUCCGGUCUGAUAUGGGUUAUGAGUCGCCCUCAGAGCAUGCAGCUAUCUUCAAGAGUCCCCUUAUCACGCGUCGUCCCAGUGCCAAUGAGGCAGAUACACGUGACGAAGACAAAACGAAACCGAAUGAGUGAUAGGCGUCCGAAAGCUGUCACAAAUAAUUGAAAUAUGCCAUGUUUUAUGAGCAUCA